AGCCCAGUUUGUCGUCAGCUAACUUUUUCGUCAGCCCAGUUUGUCAUCAUCCCCUAUUACUUCUUCUGUUUCUGUAUUCUGUUCUGUUUGCAAUUUGAACAAAUCAACUAAGUACGUUUCUGCUUCUGUGACAAAAUCUGUGUAAUCUCGGGGGCACGCAUAACAACCAUGGAAGGAAUUGCUGAAUUAGCAGGUGAUGAGAAUUCCGGAGAUCGAUCUCGUACCUUCAUUUUCAACGAUGAAGGGCACACAUUGGGCAAUGCUCUGCGAUCAAUUAUAGUUUCCUACCCAGAUGUUACAUUUUGUGGCUAUACCGUUCCUCAUCCAGCAGAAAUCAAGAUGCAUCUGAGGAUACAAACCAAUGGGCCAAGAGCUGUUGAUGUACUUCAAAGAGGUCUUAGCGAUCUUCACAAGCUAUGUGAAUUUACUCAGCAACUAUUCAAGGCGGCAAUGUCAGAGUAUAAAACCAGGGCUCAGCUUGAAAGUGUACAUUCUUAAGUACCGGUUUGCAUCCUCAGCACAUUAUUUUUAUCGUCUGUGAUUUUGUAGCAUAAAUUUUUUAUAGGUUCAGUUUCUAACUGGAUGUAAGUAAACGUUCUUUUCUGAGAUAUCUGGUUUCAAUCUAUCUUGAAUAUAACUACUGAAUGUCAAUAUAUAUUGACUUGAUGUUGUAUUAAUAAAUAUUCCCUUGUAUCCAUCUUGUACAUCAGUAGCAACAAAAUUACUAGAUGCAGAGAAAACUUCUAUAAUAGCAUGUUAGUAAGUUUAUUAAGUGGUUGUGGAGGAGGAGAGGAGGAGGUAGAUGUGGCUGUUUGGUACACCUUUUUAUUAUUGAAAUAGGAUAAUCUUUUUCAAUAUAAUUGUUAAUAUCAUUAUAAGAGUGAGAAAAAGUGGCAACUGAAAUUUUUAAGUGGUCUAAUGAGCGAGUUAUGGGUUGUUGAAUAGCUAACUUUCCAGAUUUUCUCUUUGUUUUGACCCAUAGAACCUAUUCCCGAAGUUUGGCACUUUACUUUUGGGACACUCUGUAUAAUAGUGAUUUGAAUAGUUUUUUAAGUAAUAAUAUUUCCUUCUCAAUCUUAUUUAUAUGAUUUGUGAUUGUAUCUACGAACAAAUAAAUAGUUCAAAAUGAGUUUUUUAAGUGAUGAACAAAUAUUAGAACUAUAUGGAUAGUUUGUUCCGUGCUAGACGUUAUAUAAAUACUUGUGUAUUUCAAUUUUAUAUUGCAUAAGCAUUAAAGCUUGAUACUGAA